UCAAAGUUUAUAUAAUCUUAGUAUCUCUCUCUAAAUUUCAUCCAAAGUAGAAAAAAGCAGUAUAUUAGAUUUCAUUUCAUAAAAAAAAAAAAAAAUCUCUGUUUUGCUUUCAAUUAUCAUCGCAUUUUUGCAUUUCUCUUCAAAAAAAGAAAAUUAAACAAAUUAAAUGAGAAAUUAAAUUAGAGUUUCCUGCUUUUGUAAUUUUCUUUCUCUUUCAGAUCUGAUCGCAGAUCUCGAAUCGCCGGUGUCUCUCUAUUCUUUUUUUUCCUCUUUCUCUGGGUUAAUAAAAUUUCAAGGAUCAUUGGAAAUUGCUUUUUCGAAGAAAUUCGCUUUCAUGUUCUUCUUCGAAUUCGGAAUUUCUCGUCCUUCAUUGAUAAACGGAUCUUAAAAAUUGGCUCCUCAAAGGCGAUCGCAGCGCCACAUGGGUGGCCAGAUGCAGCAAAGCAAUGCUGCAGCGACGGCGCUUUACGAUCACGCAGGCAGAGGCGGCGGGUCGUCCUUGCACAAUGCGGGUCCCACGGGCGGCGAUGCCGGUGAUGCCGUUAUGGCGCGGUGGUUGCAGUCUGCUGGAUUGCAGCAUCUGGCCUCUCCCUUGGCUUCUACUGGCAUCGAUCAACGCCUCCUCAUGCAGGGUUAUGGAGCAGAAUCUGCGGAAGAGAAGCAGAGGCUAUUCAAAUUAAUGAGGAACCUCAAUUUUAAUGGGGAAUCUGGGUCAGAGCCAUACACACCAACCGCCCAAAGUUCAGGAGGGCCGGCUACGUCUGAUGGGUUCUAUUCUCCAGAGUUCAGGGGGGAUUUUGGGGCUGGGCUUUUGGAUCUUCAUGCUAUGGAUGAUACAGAGCUUCUGUCUGAGCAUGUUAUCUCAGAACCUUUUGAGCCAUCACCAUUUGUGCCUGGUGUUAACAAAGCAUUUGACAAUGAUUUUGAUGUGACAAGUAGCCGGCAGCAAAAAGAGCAAAGUGAUGCAGAUGUUUCCGCCUCAUUAUUCUCUGCUAAUGAAAAAGAGAUCAGCAUGAGGGAAAAUAAUGUUGCUAAGAUUAAAGUUGUGGUACGUAAAAGACCACUGAAUAAGAAGGAGAUUUCUCGGAAGGAGGAUGAUAUAGUAACUGUGAGCGAGAAUGCUUUAACUGUCCAUGAACCCAAGCUAAAGGUGGACUUGACAGCAUAUGUAGAGAAGCAUGAGUUCUGUUUCGAUGCUGUUCUGGAUGAGCAUGUUACCAAUGACGAGGUUUAUCGUGAAACUGUUGAGCCGAUUAUUCCCAUCAUCUUUCAGCGAACAAAAGCCACUUGUUUUGCAUAUGGGCAAACAGGUAGUGGUAAGACAUUCACAAUGCAACCAUUACCUCUCAGAGCUGCACAAGACCUUGUCAGAUACUUGCAUCAGCCAGCUUAUCGCAAUCAGAGAUUUAAAUUGUGGCUUAGCUAUUUUGAGAUAUAUGGUGGAAAACUCUUUGACCUUCUGAGUGAUAGAAAGAAACUUUGUAUGAGAGAAGAUGGGAGACAACAAGUCUGCAUUGUUGGACUGCAAGAAUUUGAGGUGUCAGACGUGCAAAUUGUGAAGGAAUACAUUGAGAGGGGAAAUGCCGCUAGAAGCACAGGAUCUACUGGUGCAAAUGAGGAAUCUUCAAGGUCACAUGCUAUUUUACAACUUGUCAUUAAGAAGCACCCUGAGAUCAAGGAGUCCAAGCGGAACAAUGAUGGGAAUGAGCCUAAACCUGGGAAGGUUGUGGGAAAGAUUUCUUUUAUUGAUCUUGCUGGCAGUGAAAGAGGUGCAGACACCACUGAUAAUGACCGGCAAACUAGGAUCGAGGGUGCUGAAAUCAAUAAGAGCCUUUUGGCUCUUAAGGAGUGCAUUCGUGCUCUGGACAAUGACCAGAUCCAUAUACCAUUUCGUGGGAGCAAACUCACUGAAGUGCUCCGUGACUCAUUUGUCGGCAAUUCAAGGACUGUUAUGAUAUCCUGUAUUUCUCCAAAUGCAGGUUCAUGUGAACACACUCUCAAUACUUUGAGAUAUGCUGAUAGGGUUAAAAGUCUUUCCAAAAGUGGUAAUCCGAAAAAAGAUCAGGCUGUAAAUUCAUUACCACCAAGUAAUAAGGAUGCUUCUUCAGCAUCUUCUCUUUCAGCUACUGCAGGUGUAGAAGAUGUUUAUGAGACACAACAGGAAGUAAAAGUUGUUGAUACAGGUCCAAGGGUUGUAGAGAAAGAUGUUUAUACUGUUGACUUUGAAAAACAACCCUCAACUUUUUUGUCAAGUUACCCUUUCAACGGGAGGGAGGAAAGUGAAAUGGCCUCUGGCCCAGUGGAUAGGGAGAGAUUUGAAGUGAAUAAUAAUUAUGGAGGUUCUACAAGUCAAAGAGUUUACUCAUCAAAUUCUCAAAAUUCAGCUGAUACAGAAGAGAGAUUGCAGAAGGUGUCACCACCUCGUAAAAAAGUGACUAGAGAAGAAAAAUCAGAGAAGAUGGGGAACCGGGCCAAGAAAGAUGGAGGUGGAUCUGAUUUGUCCACUACAAACUCUAGGCAGGCUAAUGCUGUUAAUUAUAACAGCACAAAUAAUGGACAUAGAAAAUAUGAUCCUGAGCCUCCUACUGAUGAGAAUAUCAAUGCAAUACUUGAGGAGGAAGAGGCUCUAAUUGCUGCUCAUAGAAAAGAAAUUGAGGAUACAAUGGAGAUUGUUCGUGAAGAAAUGAAGCUUUUGGCUGAGGUGGACCAACCAGGCAGCCUCAUCGACAAUUAUGUGACCCAGCUGAGCUUUGUGCUUUCACGCAAGGCUGCUGGUCUGGUGAGCCUCCAAGCUCGCCUUGCCAGGUUCCAGCAUCGACUAAAAGAGCAGGAGAUACUGAGUCGGAAGAGAGUUCCUCGUUAAGGCAGCAGUUUGUUCUCUGCUCUCAUUACUGCAAUCAGACCCUGUCCUGUAAUUUCCCUUCUCAUGUAGAUUGUUAUGGAACUAUUUGUCCUGGUGGACAUUUACAUUAAAUAUUGCUGUAAACAGAUAAAUGUAUCUCUUAAAUGAAUCUACUCGGUUCUGGCAGUCAAUGCUUGGAGCUGUUUUAGAGUCUUGAGAGGAAAUUAAAAAGUGGACAGAUGGUCUUUCACGCAGGCAUCAAUGUUUCUGAUAACAUACAUGUUUCCUGCUAAUACAAGGGCAACGAUGAUUCAGGUGCAUCCGAAUGUGACAAUUUCUUGUUUAGAUGAAUCUGAUGUGUUCUUGUUGAGACUGAUACGGGUUUGUGGCCUUCUUUUGUUUAACGGGUGAGAAGGAAAUGUUUUCAUAAGUCAUUUCUAGGAGAGCAGGAAAAGGAAAAUAGAGUAUUUUUCCCCUUUAUAUUGUUUAUUUGUACUCUUGAAAAGUAUAUUUUGCUUUUGAAGAAUUAUAAAUGUUAAAUAUUUCCAAAUGCCCU